ACGAUGAAAUGCUCAUGUGCUUUUCUUGGAAAAAAUCAUACGUGAAACGCGUGAAUGGUUAUACCCUUGAUCCCCCUUUCUUGGAAACUCCCCGGUUUCUCUUCACAGAAAUGAUGAAUACCAUACAGAAAACCUUCUGCAACCUAACAAUGGAUCUUUGAUGGAGGACAGGAAAGCAAAUAUAAUUGCUGUUACAACAGUGAUUGCCCUCAUCAUUCUUAUCGUUGUUGCUCGUGUCUGUCUCAAGCUUUCUAAAGCUUUUUUCCUCAUUUGUGGGGCAGGUAUUGCAGUGAUCCUUGCUGUCCUUGCAUACCUAAUAAUUAGACGCCAAUAUAAUCGCAGUAGAAAGUUUUUGGAGUCUAAGUUGGUGUCAGAAGGCCGAGAGCUUCGUAUAGAGUAUAGUUUUCUUAGGAAAGUUGCUGGGGUUCCGACAAAGUUUCGAUACAAGGAGCUCGAGGAAGCAACAGAUAAUUUCCAGUCAUUUCUCGGCCAAGGAGCUUCUGCCACCGUUUUCAAAGGGAUCCUAAAUGAUGGCACUGCUGUUGCGGUGAAACGGAUUAAUGGAGAGGAGCGAGGGGAGAAGGAGUUCAGAUCGGAAGUUGCAGCCAUUGCAAAUGUGCAACAUGUAAAUCUCUUGCAUCUUCUUGGCUACUGUUGUAAUCCUGGGGAGCCUCGCUUCCUUGUCUAUGAGUUCAUCCCAAAUGGUUCUUUGGAUUGUUGGAUCUUUACUCGAAAGGAAAGCUUGAACCGGCGUGGGGGGUGCUUGCCGUGGAAUUUACGGUAUAGAGUCGCCAUUGAUAUUGCCAAGGCACUAUCUUACCUCCAUCACGAUUGCCGGUCAAGGAUCUUACACCUUGAUGUAAAGCCAGAAAAUAUACUUCUUGAUGAGAAUUAUAGAGGAAUUGUUGCAGAUUUUGGUCUCUCAAAGCUUAUGGGAAAAGAUCAGAGUAGAGUUGUGACAACACUCCGGGGGACGAAAGGUUACUUGGCCCCAGAAUGGCUAUUGGAGCAAGGAGUUUCAGAAAAAUCUGACAUCUACAGUUAUGGGAUGGUUCUUCUAGAGAUGAUUGGAGGCUGCAGAAAUGUUUCCUUGAUAGAAGAUGGCAAGGACAGAUCUGAAAGGAAAUGGAAAUAUUUCCCAAAAAUGGUGAAUGAGAAAAUGAGAGAAGGGAAGCUUAUGGAAGUCGUUGACCGGAGGCUAGUAGAAGGUGGAGGCAUUGAUGAGAAAGAGGUAAGAAGAAUGGUUUAUGUAGCUUUGUGGUGCAUACAAGAGAGGGCAAGGCUGAGGCCUAGCAUGGCUCGUGUGGUUGAGAUGCUCGAGGGUCGGGUGGCCGUGGAGGAGCCACCGGAAACCCGAAUGAUCAUUGUUGAUUUACUGUCAAUAGAUGAUCAAAAUCAGCGGCCAAAUCAUCAUGGACAUAACAGGCGACAUGUUCCUGCAAUGGCAGCACACCUUGUUGACAGUGAUCUUCCAACCACAUCUACACACUCGUUUGCAAUGUCAGUUCUGUCUCCUCGGUAGCUCCAAGAAUGUGGGGGAAAUUAAGCUACCUUCCUCUCCCUUAUCAGGAUUCUUAACUUCAUUGAUUUGGUUGAUCAAAGGUAUAUAUAAUCUUUAUCAUGUGUCUUGUUCUUGGCAAAUAUUUUGCACAGUGUAUGAUAAUUUGUUGCAUAUUUCUUUUUGUUUCC